AUUAGAUUAGCGUCAAGUAUGCAGGCGCAGGCGCAGGCACGGCAAGCUCGCGACAGAGCCGCGCUUUCACUUUUGCGUCUGAAAGAAACCAUCUUCUCUUCUCAUUGAAGCACAUUGUUGCUUCUUUGUCCUCCAAAUCCGCAUCGUCUUAUUACCUCUCAACUUUCGUCGGAUGCACUCGGCAUCGGCGACUUCAAGUUCUUUCUUUUCUGGGUGUAUUCAACCCUCUUGAACCGCCAGUCAUUUGUUGUAGUCUAUAUGCACCCAACGCACUGUCUACAGUGCGACUACACCUACGACUUUCGCAAGGCAUUUUUCCGUUGCAAUAACGCAGCACGAUCGCAAAGAUGGGUAUUCCCGCAGCUUUUCGAUGGCUUUCCACCAAGUAUCCGAAGAUUAUCUCUCCGGUGAUUGAGGAUAAGCCUAUUGAGAUGGAUGAUGGUUCCACGAUACCCGUAGAUACCACCAGACCAAAUCCUAAUGGCGAGGAGUUCGACAAUCUCUACCUGGACAUGAAUGGCAUUGUCCACCCUUGUUCCCAUCCGGAGGAUCGACCUGCACCUAGGGAUGAGGAAGAGAUGAUGUUAGAAGUCUUCAGAUACACAGACCGUGUUGUGAACAUGGUUCGGCCGAAGAAGCUGCUCAUGAUCGCAAUUGACGGUGUCGCUCCCAGAGCUAAGAUGAAUCAACAGCGCUCGAGACGAUUUCGUUCUGCGCAGGAAGCGCAAGAGAAGGAGGCAGAUAAGCAGGAGCACUACAAGAUGCUCAAGCAACAGAAUGGUGGCGUCCUGCCGCCUGAAACCUUGGAAGCUAUGACUAAGAAGGCAUUCGACUCCAACUCGAUUACACCGGGUACUCCUUUUAUGGACAUCCUGGCUGGCAGUCUGAGAUAUUGGUGCGCUUACAAGUUAAACACAGACCCAGGUUGGUCCAAGAUGAAGGUCAUUAUCUCCGAUGCUACUGUGCCCGGAGAGGGAGAGCAUAAGAUCAUGAACUUCGUUCGAUCGCAGCGAAACUCACCCGAACACGAUCCAAACACUCGUCACGUCAUCUAUGGUCUAGAUGCUGAUCUCAUCAUGUUGGGCCUUGCAACUCAUGAACCGCACUUCCGCGUGCUUCGUGAGGAUGUCUUUGCUGAUCAGGGUAAGGUCAGGACCUGUAGGCUUUGUGGUCAGCCAGGACACGAGGCAAGAGAUUGCCGUGGUGAAGUUAAGCCCAAGGACGACGAGCUGGUAGACAAGAAACCUAUGCCACUGAAACCUUUCAUCUGGCUCCACGUCUCCGUGCUGCGAGAAUAUCUUGCCGUUGAGCUGGAUGUACCUGGGCUCCCAUUCAAAUUUGACUUGGAAAGAGCUAUUGAUGAUUGGGUCUUCUUGUGUUUCUUUGUCGGCAACGAUUUCCUACCCCAUCUUCCUGCUCUCGAAAUCCGUGAGAACGGAAUCGACACCCUCACCGCUAUAUGGCGGGACAACCUCCCUGUCAUGGGUGGCUAUCUUACUAAAGACGGCCACGUUAACUUGGACAGGGCUCAGUACAUCUUCCAGGGGUUGGCCAAGCAGGAAGACACAAUUUUCCGCAGAAGACGACAAACCGAGGAGAGACGGGAAGCCAAUGCCAAGAGACGGAGAAUGAACGAUGACCAAAAUGGUCGAAAUGGUAACCGUAAUGGAGGCGACAACAGCCAAAUGUCAGGUCCUCCGAAAGCACUGACACACGACAUGGUCGUCAACCGCGCACCCGUCCCCGAUGCCAAUACGGCAAACAAGAGUGCUGCCGCAGUUCUCAAGAGCCAGAUCCAAGGCUUGGUGGCAAAACCAAGUUCAGAGAGCGCGACUGUGCCUGCAACAUCUCCGUCGGCUCUUGGAAAGCGUAAGGCUGACUUGAUCGAGCAAAGUGAAGCCAGCACUCCCGGAAGCGAGGCGCAGGCGGAGACGCCACCAGCCCCCAAGGCUGAUCCGUCAGAGGACACAGUACGACUGUGGGAGGACGGUUACACCGAUAGGUACUACGAGCAAAAGUUCCAUGUUGAUCCAAAGGACAUCGAGUUUCGCCAUCAGGUGGGACGAGCUUACAUGGAAGGCCUUGCCUGGGUUCUGAGAUAUUACUUCCAAGGCUGUCCUUCUUGGGAGUGGUACUAUCCUUACCACUAUGCUCCGUUCGCUCAAGACUUCGUGGAUCUCGGCAAGAUGGAGAUCAAGUUCGAGAAAGGUAGAAUUUCAAAGCCGUUUGAGCAGCUACUCAGCGUCCAACCUGCCGCCUCCAAACACGUUCUACCAAGCGUGUUUCACGAUCUCAUGACCAACCCCAGCAGUGAGAUCAUUGAUUUCUAUCCUGAAGAUUUUGAGAUUGAUCUCAAUGGCAAGAAGAUGGCUUGGCAAGGUGUUGCACUGUUGCCUUUCAUUGACAUGCCUCGUCUCCUGGCCGCUGCUGAAAAGAAGUAUCCACUCCUCAGUACUGACGACUCUGCCCGAAAUGGUCUUGGAAAGGAGGUCUUGCUGCUAUCAGAGGCCAACCAUGAACUUUAUGACGACAUCAUUAGUCAUUUCUACUCAAAGAAACAAGGCGCACCCGAGCACAAGAUUGACCCUCGACUUGCGCAAGGUCUCUCUGGUAAAGUAGAGAAGCAAGAUGACUACCUUCCACAUGGAACCCUGGAGUACCCACUCGAGAGGAAGGGCAUGCCCAACGUGGAUGAUGACCGUUCAUUAACGGUAACCUAUAAGAUGCCGACCACCACUCACACUCACAAGUCGAUGCUUUUACGAGGCGUCGAACUCCCAACCCCUGCGUUAAAUCGAGGCGAUGUGGAAGAGUUGAGAGGUAAGUUGCGAAAUGCUGGGCGCAGCUAUGGUGGUGCGCCUUUGGGUCGCGGAGGUGGCUACAAUGGUAGCCGCGGAGGAAGGAUCAACUACGGCCCAGGAUCUGGAGGUCGUGAUGGCCGACAAGACAGGCAUCAAAACUACAACAACAACUAUAACCAUAAUCAGAACCGAUUUCCAGGAUCUGAUGCAUUCCCGCCUGUGCCACCUCCUGGCUGGAUUCCGCCGCCACCGGGCUCUUUUGGAUUCGGUGCAGGCUUACCGCCCCCGCCGCCUCAAGCGAAUCAUGGUGGUGGCCGUGAAUCCUUCGGUGGCCAGCAUGGAGGGAAUUAUGGCGGCAACCAAGGAUACUACCCACCUGCUCCUCAGGCGCCAUACAAUGGUGGUAACGGUGGUUAUCGUGGUAACUACAACUCAGGUGGACGUGGCGGGCGUCCAUAUGACGGCGGUAGAAACCAGCGUGGUGGCCGAGACUAUAGAUAGCCGAUUCAGCAGGAGAAGCUGCCCGGCAUGAGCUUGGACGUAUUAACUUGGAAAGCCCCGACUGCAAGCUUUCACAUAUAGCUAAUGAUGAGCGAGCCAGCAGUUUGCGGCUCCCGCCUCUUGUGUUCGUCUGCUGCAUUUUAUGUGUGACGAAAUUUGGUGAUGUGAAGUGCGUUGUUGUACCUUUGUACACCAACUAUUUGUUGAUAUCUGUAUUCAUCUUGGUCAUAAGACGGCUUAAAUGGGGUCUGACAAGUCAUGGUGGUGCGGCAAACCCACAAACGACCCAGACUGUCGGGUCACAUCAUCAAUCCGCCGAGACCGAGAUUACUGACAUAAGCAGACUAUGGAAGUUCAUCCAUGGGUGAGACGCAUAAAUUGGUGCACCUAUCAAGUGGGAGGAACAGAAGCUGCUUGUACUUCGGCGACUUUCUGCACUAUGUUAUUGAACCAGGUACCGUAUUUAU